AAGAUAGUGGACGCAGCCACGCUCCGCAUACGAGGAGGUGGAUGGUUGGGAAAGGCUCCGAGGAGGACCAGCUCAAGUCGAGCGCUUGCACUUCAGCCGAACCUUCGUCCAAACACGGCCUGAAGGACGCCAUGUCCCUCGGAAGUUUCCACCUCAUGCAGACCCUCAAGAACUCUCCGGCUGCCUUUCGGCGCCACUUCCGCCGCGACCGGACGGAGUCGCUCUCCCACGGCGACCCUCUGUUUAAAGUCAACUACCUGGGCACCGUGAAGAUCUUCUCUCUGGAUCGAGAGCAGGCGCAGGACGCCAUUACGCACCUGCUGGAAGGCGUGGCGAACAAGAAGCCGAGCAAGGAUCACGCUCUAGUGGUGCGCCCGCGGUACGUGGAGGUCAAGGAGCUGAGCACCGGUCGGCAGCUGACCAAGACAUACCUGCAGGACAUCGCGUACUGCGCCGCGGACGCCAACAGGCCCAACGUGUUCCUGUACAUCUGCAAGCAUCAGGGCCAGCAGCUGCAGUGUCGGGUGUUCUGGUGCAGCCGGGCCGAGCGGGCGAGAGACAUGACGGCCUGUCUGGCGGACUCCUUCCAGCGAGCGCUGAGCGACUGGCAGGACGGCUCGGCCACGCUGACGCCGGGCGAAGCAAAACGCACCGAGUCGUCGUCCAACUCGCCGUCCAUCGCAAAGAGCUCCACGCUGCCGGUCGGCUUGGGAAAAGUUCGCUGGAAGAGACGUACCUCUGCGUCCCGGAGCCCGUUCAGAGCCCUGCGGAGAGGGUCCGCCUCCGACAGCUGGAGCUGAACUCAGAACAAGGGUCCGCGUUCAACUGACUCCGCCUUCAAGGGCGGAGCUACUACAGAUGGCAGGACUCGAGUGAAAAUAAGGCCAUAUUUGGACGUUUCCUGAGCGCGAUGACGUAAUUGGCGAGGGUUUGGAUGUGAGCGUUAUCGUCAGAGCGCUUCAUCCACGAUGAAGAUGAGCGGCUGAUUGUCCGUGCCUUUUGGUUUUUGAGGGUUCUGAAGCGACAGAAAUCUUGAUCUGUCGGCGUGACGGGCGGGAAAAGACAAUUUUUUUUUUAAAAGGUUUAUUUAACUGACAGACUCAACAGGUCGGGAUGUUUUUACGUUUUUUUUAAACACCCUGUUUGGUAAAAACUGACGCAUCCAAUGGACUCCGAGCACUUUUUCUACUCCUGCAAUCACAACUCGCCAUUGGGAGGUUUGCUGCUAUAAAAACGUGCGGCAGGUUUGGCACCUGUCGUAACGAAACCGAACACGAUGCAGGAAGGGGCCGUGGAGUCCACGCUGAAAUAUUUUUCACAUUUACGUGGAGAAAGUCCCACAAUCAUGGCUCCACAGUGGGCACAUUGUGUUCUCACGUGGGGCUCCUGUGAGGAAUGUGCAGACGUGCACCUGCAUUCCAAAACUCUGAAAUCGGAGAUCAGGAAAUUUCUUAAAAAAAAAAAAAAAAAAAAACUCAAUUUCUUCAUGUCCAGCCAUGACUUUGCAUUUUGAGCAGCCUCGUCGGUAAAAGCUCCAUUUUAAAAUUUUAUCUUUUAUUUAUUUAUUUUUUUAAAACUUGCCACAGGUGUCCGAACCGAUUCAACCUGUUUAUACUGUUAGUCGGCUGUAGGUGUUGUGCUGCAGAACGUACCCUCGUGAUUUGUGGAUUUACAGAUACGGUUGAGGAUCAGUGGUACGCCCCGAGGCUGCCGUUAUAACGUCUCAUUUUGUCAAAUUAAGCUAAUUUUUUUUGGGACAAAAGUGGCACUUUUUUCAGAAUAUUUUAUUUUAUUUUUAUUUUUUAUCCUAUCUUACAAAAGGCACAACUUUUUUUUCUCAAAGGGACAACCAUACCUGCUU